CCCCUUAGUUAGUUAAAAAAAUGUUUGAAUACAGGCGAAAACGAAUGACACUGAUGUAUUUUAUUUCCAUACGCCUUUACGUAAUAAUCAUUGUUUUUAGUAAGAAUCACAACAUCGAGUCAUACUUGUCACACGCGUGUGUCCUCUAUCGUCAAGAAGUCAAUGCGCAAUGUUACCAAAAUUUUAAUACUUUUGAUCGUCUCGCAGCUAAAUUUCUGUCGACAUUCGUUUAGAACACACCCACAGUAAAAUAGCGCGAGUGGUAAGGCGCUUUGAACAGCUGAUCGAGAAAUGGAAGGUCAUAGAACAUUGUUAUAAACGCUUGAUUAACGAAAUUUGGUAUUUUGUAUAGUAUUAGACGAAAAUUUUACCUAAUUAAAGUUAGAGUUGCGCGGACUUCUUCGACGUUUCCGAUGAUUCAACAAUAGAUCUGCCGUGUUAAAAGUUUGACCUUAUUGUAACAGAUGGUUUUCAUGAGAAAUGUCACAAAUUGAUAUUAACGAGUUGUUCGACGAGAGCAGAUUUCCUAGCGGAUGGAGACUUUUCUCUGUGCUCCUUUAUCUACCGAUUGGAUUGAUACUUGUUCUAUUUAGAUUAAUCGUCUGCUUACUUUUGUGGCUAAUUGCUGCAAUUUUACCCGAUAGUCAAGCCUUGCGUUUGUUUCUGAACCGUGGACAUGCUUUUGCAUUUGGCGUAAUUGUGAAAGUUAGUCCCGAUGGAGAACAAAAGGAUGAACAAAUACAUGUUGUUAUUGCCAAUAGUAUCUCUAUAUUGGAUUAUUUUGUUCUUUCGACUGCAGCAAAAACAAUGACACCGAGUCUUUUAAAUUUACCAGAUUCGCUAAGUAAUGCUCUUGGAAUUCAGAAAAUGAACAUGAAUAAUAAGGACGUUUUGGUUGCGGAAAUAAAACGGUUCAUCUCCAAUUCUAAAACUAGCAUCGCUCUACAACCAGAGUUAGAUACAACAAAUAGUCGCAAGGCAUUGUUAAAGUUUAAUACGUGGCCAUUUUGCAUCGAACCAGCCGUUCAACCUGUCGUUCUUCAAGCCUGGAGACCAGAAUUCGUUGACAUACAGCUCACAUCUAUCGCUUCGAUUUGGUGGAUGGAUAUAAUAUGCUUCAUGUUUGUUCCUUAUACUAUUUUCACUGUAAAGUUUCUUAAAGUCAAAAGGAAUACGGAUGCCCAUGUUCUUGUAAGGGAAGUCGAGAAAGAUAUUGCUCAGAAUUUAAAAAUUGAAACAAGUUUGCAUACGAUUUCUGACAAAGCUGAGUACAUAAAGCGACAUAUAAUGGAAGAAGUUCGCAAUCAAAAUCAACAGAAUUCUAUUAUCUCAGAUUCGCAGAUUGUCCCGAGCAUGGAAAUACUAAGAAUGGUCCGCCAAGUUAGUGAAGUGCUGCCAUUGGUUCCGCACAAUGUAAUACUUAAAGACCUUUUAAAAACUAGGAACGUUGAUGUGACAAUCACUAAUAUUCUUGAUGGCAUUGUUACUUAUACACCCGAAACAGUAUCAACCACAAUAGCUCCAAGCAGUUCAACGAACAAACGCUAUGCGUCUACGAUGAAACUAAAUAGCAACAACAGUACCGUGGGAUUAACGUUUAAGGAAAAGAAAGCAAAAAUGAUUUCUGAAGCAAGGGAAAGGUACAUAGAAAAACAUUUUUUAAAAGACUGUUGACACUAUUAUUACUACACCAUAUUCAAGAAGAAGUGUAUAAUAAACAUUUAUUGCUGUAAUGUAUUUACUAAUACACCUUAUGAAUAUAAUAUUCUU